CUACUUAAGCCCGGCUAGCCCAGUCUCUAGCGCCGUAUUUGCCUUUCGAGAACCCGUCCCCGCGGUGUCGCGACCUUUGAGGCUCGAAGAAACUCCCAUGGCGUCAGCCGCCGCUUCCAAGGGAGCGCUGCUUGCCGACGACGUCCCGUGGAGGGCCUCCCCUACUGGCGCGAAGCCCGUCCCCAGAAUCCACCAGAACCCUGUCCUCCGCCUCCCCCAGAACCCUAACACCUCCUACGCCCUCGCCGUCAUGAAGCGCCCCGAUCCAAUUGGCGAAGGGUUCGCCAUGGAGGCGAAGCUGGAGGCGGCGGGGCCCGACUGCAUCGUUCCCGGGCUGGCUACUCCUGUGAGGUUGCUCGGAUUGAAGGUCUGGCCUAUUGACAUUAACUUCAAAUUUAUGGAACCUAUUGGGCGAGAACUGCAGAACAUUGGAAAGAUGAUGGAUUCAGCAGUUAACCUAAUGAAUGCAUCAUUUCAAGAUCGCUAGGCCCAGAUGGUGUUCGUGCUGGCCUCAACAAAUGUAUCCAGAAUCUAGUUCUGGUUAGCCUUAUUGCGGGAGUUACUGGGUACUAGAGUUGAUGCAGAGAAAUUGAUAGAGCAUACGCUAUGUGUCCGGUUAAUGGCUACGUGUGUACAAUUGCAAUGAAAAUGUAUGUCAAGCUGUUAAAUUUUUUCUCAUCUUAUUGUACAGAAAACCUGAUGCCAAAUUUGUGCGGCAAGUUAUUGUGCUUUUGUUAGAUACUGCUUGGAUGGAUGCCAGUAUUCAUG